AUGAAGAGUGAGAAUUUAAGCGAAGAUCCAAAAAAUAACCCUGACGCGAACCAACAUGGAGAUACAUUCACAAGCCAGGCAAACAACGUGAAUGAGGUAAGCGCCACAGGCAUGAAGGAGGAAGGUGAGAAGGAUACAUCAAUUAGAGAAGAAAAAGGAAAUUCAAAAAAAAGGGGAAUAGAAGAAAAUGGAGAAAAUUAUUAUAGUCCGUCGUGUCCUUCUCAUGUGAAGCGGAAAAAAGAAUCGGGAGAAAAUUCACAGGAACAGGGGGGAAAGCAGAAGAAAGGCCCCAGGGAAAACGGAAGAAGGGAGGGUGAACAGAAGGAAGGAGAAUCAAGGGACAGUCGUAAAAACAAAAAUGGAGAGAAAAAAAUAAUCAUCGACAAGAAUAAUCUUUUCCACGAAAUAAAUAUGUUGAUAAAAAAAAAAUUAAAAAUUAAUGAUGCAAUAAAAAUUGAUUUAUUUUAUAAAGACAAUUGCACACAGAUAAAACCCUACGCCAUUUUUGACGAGUACAAAUAUGUUAAUAUAGAAAAUAAAAUAAACUUAGAGAUUAGAAAUUUCUUGAAGAGGAACUUACAUAGUGACAGGAGCGAUUUUCUGUCCAUACACAGCAGCAUGGUGGAGUUGCGAGGAAGCUUCAAUGAUGAAUUAAUAAAUCUACCAAUUCUUAAUCAAAUUAUUCUCCAGAAAAUUAGUAACAAUAAUUACAAGUACAAAUUUAAUAUCGACACAGAUGUGCUGAACUAUAUCUAUGUGGAUCUGUUCAAAAUCCACAAAAGUAAAUAUAAGUUCAAAAUUUUGGAAAAAAAAUAUGAACUGGAGGAGUGGUACUACUACGACACAAGGAAGGAUCCACGCAAGGCGGGGGGCAGCCCUCACCUGAUUGGAGAGAUAGGUGCUGCAGAGGAAGGACAUGAGUCGAAGAUGGAAGCGGCAGAUCAAAAGCGUGAGGAAGAUAAAAACGAUGACCAGACACGCCAGGAAAAAGCGAAUCAGCAAAGUGAGUUGGAGGAAAACAGUACUUGCAGCGAAUCGAACGAAAGUGACGCACUGAUAAAUUUGUAUAACGAGGAAAAGAAGAAGGAGGAAAUGCAUUUGCUCAAUGGAAAAAUGAGGAAGAAAAAGAAAAAAAAAAGGAAGAAGGGGAAAAAAAUUGUUGAUAAGGAUAAGGUGUACAUGGAAAAGUUAAAAAAGCUAGUGGAAGAAGACAGCGAUCAUGAAGCUAAUGCCACAUCGAGUGAACACAACUCUACCGAAUCGGAUGAUUCGUCUAAUGACAGUAAUCAAAUUUUGUAUAGGAGGAAAAUCAUAUACUCGAGGGAUGGUGACGGAACGAUCAUAAGUGCGUUUAAGGAGGUCGAAAGCGACACCGUCUGCGUCUAUUACCCGAAUAGUUCGUACAACCAGUGUCUGAAUUUGAGUUCGUUUGAGCCACUGUUGGGGGGGGGAGUAACCUCGGGGGUCAACUCAAAUGGGGCCAUCUCCACCGAUGGUGCGCACCGCCGUAAGUACGACAUAUAUCAGCACAAAAAUGGGCAAAGCAGCGUGGGAGUCAGCGGGGGGAGUCAGGCAGGAGAAGAACCCAACCUGCGGGCUCUGGAUGAAGAGAACAUCAAGAUAAAAAAAAGAUACGUGAGGGACAUCUCAAUUUACAACUUCUGCUGCGACGAAAAGUACAAGGGAUGCAGCCUAUUUCUACAUGUGGCCAAAAAUAAAAAAUUGAAAAAUGUGAAAAUAGACUACAACAUGGACUACUCCGAUUUUUCCAACAAUUUGGAUAUCAUCAAAAUGUAUGAAUUGAAGGGAGAGGGGUAUUCAAAUACCAAGGGUGAGGGAAAUAGACGAAAAGAUGUGGGAAAGCUGUUCGAGCUUGAAAAGGACUGGAAGGUGAAUGUGGAUAUCUACGUGGACAUUGAGAGGGUUGUACGCGAGUUUAAAAAACUGGAGGAGGGGAGGGAAGUUGGCGAGACUGCCCAGAUUGCCCAGAUUGCACAGAUCGAGGACGCGAAUGUCGGAGUGAUUGCGGACCGGGACGGGUGUGGCGAUCACAGUGAUAUGUUCGGCCAGAGGCAAGGCCGAUCGAACAAGCUGGACUAUGUGAUAUACAACUUUUACAAAAACUUUGAGUGCCUAAUCAACUUGAUGAACAAAUUGAAGAACAACACCACCAAGUUCGAUUAUUUCUACCCGAAGAUGAUAGGAGAUGUGAAUGAAGAAAUCAGGAAGCAUUACGAUAAGAAAAAAGUUAUUUUGUUGAAAAAGUCCAACAUCAAAUAUAUCCGCAUCUUUAACAAUGAGGUGAAGAGAAUAAUGAUCCUGUUUUUUGUGCCGUAUGGCUCGAAAAUCUUGGACCUUGCAUGUGGCCAUGGACAAGACAUGCUCAAAUACAACACGGUGAAAAAUAAGGUCUAUGUUGGGCUGGAUAUAUCCAGGAAGGAAAUCGAGUUGGCCAAGGAACGCUUAAGUCAGAAUGAUGUAAAAGGCUUGUGUAAUCAAGACAACUUUUUAUUUCUCCAAGGGGAUAUUUUAAAUAAUAAGUUUUUCCGAAAAUGGAAAAAUAAAAAUAUCACCUUUGACAUAAUUUCGAUAAAUUUGGCAAUGCAUUACGUGGUGUACAAUGAGAAGUCAUCUAAAAAAUUUUUUAAGAUUAUCGAAAACUUUUUGGAGAGUGAAGGAUUACUCUUGGCGACUACCAUUUCGACCAUCACGCUGACUGACUUUUUGAUGAAGCGCUCCGUCACGGAUGUAGUUAGCGACUCCAUUACGCUGACGCUCGAAAACGACCUGUUCACGAUCCGCUUCGACCAGGAAAAUCUUCUCAAAAUUUUUAAGAAUAAAAUGUGUCUGGAAGAAUUCGUAGAAUUCGUCAACAGCAACAGCACAGUGUCUCAGGUGAAGUACGACUACUUUCACAAUUUGAUAAAAAAUGCCCUGGAAAAUACGUUGGGAAUUAAAUACUAUUUUUACCUGUAUGAUACUAUUGACGCGAACGAAUUUGUCAUUCCGCAGAAGUAUUUAAAAGAUAGGUUGCAAGAAUUGAACAUGGUUGAGCUAUUCAACAACAGCGCCAUCAUGUUUCUUCAUUACAUAACCAACAACAUGGAGACAUACGAGAAGUACCAAAAUAUAAAAUACUUUAACCUAAUCAAUAAAACAAUCAAUAAGUACAUUUUUGACGAUAUUAAAAUGAGGAUUAAUAAAAUUCAUGGCUAUAAUAGGGAUUCCCAAAUUUAUUUUGAUAUUUGUUCCUUGUACCAUGUGUAUGUUUAUAAAAAGAAUUUCGAUGCGUCCAUAUUGGGAGUGGUGUAG